CGCCCUUGAAGACGUAGGCAUAUGGCCCACUAUAAGCACACUUAGGACCUACUACAAUCGCUUUUUCCUUCACCCGCAUCCCCUUUUGCCUACUGCCAUCUUCAUUUCCUUUCGUGGCCCAUCAUGAACACGAACGAUAUCAAAAAGCUGUCUACACGAGACACGACAGUGUCGGACACAACAGCAUUGGAGACUGGAGUGGUAUUACCAUUUGGCUAUACACAAUCGUAUCGACGCGUUCUUCGUACGCUCGGAAACGUUUGUUUAGUCAUUUCGUUGACAUCACCACUACCAGCCAUCAUGGUCACAGCGUUUUAUCAAAUUACAUAUGGAGGCUACUUUGGUUUGACCUGGGGCUGGAUUAUCCCGAGCAUUCUUUAUCUGCCUCAAACUCUUGCAGUCGCUGAAUUGAGCUCGUCAAUGCCUGUCAAUGGCGCUUUUUAUUGGUGGGCGGCUGCACUGGCUCCUCCACGAUUGUCUCGUGGCUUCGCUUUCGUCACCGGUUGGCUUGCCAUGUCAUCAAUCGUCACAACACUGGCAAGCUUCUCUUAUGCUGCGGCAUCAACUUUCGUGUAUGGAAUUACGUUAACAGGCGUAUCCUGGGAACCUUCGAAUGCACAAAUCAUGCUCAUUGCCAUGUCAGUCCUUGUGCUUUGGUCCUCGCUGAUGUUUUUAAGACUGGAGUCAAUCAAUGUGGUAUACAUCAUUGUUGCAAUCUCUUAUCUUGUCCAACUGCUCGUAUUUACUAUUGGUCUCCCUGCUACGCACGCUGCACAAGGACGUGCAUUCACAUCAUCUGAAAUAGUGUUCGGUACGAUUACCAAUUAUUCGGACUGGAUGCCGGCAGUUUCAAUUCCCAUGACGUGGUUCUGCGCUGCAUGGGUUAAUUCCGGGUGGGUCGUUCCAGCAUUUGUAGCAGAAGAAACGGCGGACAGUGAGACGUCAGUACCGAGGGCCAUCAUCAGGUCCUAUAUACUCACAGCACUCAUUGGUGUGCUGCUGUGCGUCAUGUGUGCCUACUGCAUUCCGGACAUGGACAUUAUUGCUAUGGAUCAAACCGGAUUUCCACUCAUGCAAUUACUCGUCGAGCACUGGGGCGCCCGCAUUACAUCCAUCUUCAUCCUAGCAUUCACACCAUUUGGACUGGUAGGUGGAAGUGCCAUGCUUCUCACCUACGCAUCGCAGAUCGCAGCUUUUGCGCGAGACGGCGGGCUCCCGUUUGAGAAAUACCUUUCGCACGUCAAUGAACGAACCAGUAUUCCUCACUACGCUGUUGGCUUCGAGAUCAUCGGCGCCGCCAUCCUUCUCCUGUUCUCUUUGUCGCCUUCCGGCAGCGAAGUCGUUUACUCGCUUGCAGUGCUGGCAGCUGUCAUUACAUGGGCAAUUCCAGUCGCACUCAGACUUGGCGCCGGCGAUAGAUGGCGCCCUGGUCAGUUCAAUCUUGGUAGGUGGAGCGUGCUAGUCCAUGCCUUCACCAUUGCGUCACAGAUAUACCUGAUCGUUAUGGAAGCCUUCCCGCCCAGAGCCGCAUUCGACGCUUCUUCGUUCAACUAUAAUUGGGUACUUACAGUUGCGGUGAUCCUUAUCUCACUGGGUUAUUACUACUUCAUCGGGUGUCAUAUCUACAGCUUUGAUGCCGAGCGGGUUCGUACUUGAAGGCAGUGAGCCAUGUCGGCAUGGGCCCGUUACGAGAUCAUCGCUUGUUAUGAGGGCGCAAUGUCGGUUUUGAAACCUUGGUCUCCCAGCUCUUUACAUCUCUCCCCGCACCGUCUCGGCUCUGCAACCGUUAUCCUGGA